AUGACCAUAUGGUUGUAUGAGGUCCUCUUCAACACGUCCCGUCAGGCACUUGAGCGCGCUGCUAAGGGCGACUUUAUCUUCAUCUCCCCAACCACCUACGAGUACGAGAUCCUCAACGACAGGUGCGACAUGGUCAUCCUCACCGACGAGUACUUCUUCAAGUACCAAGUCGCACUUCCGUUUCCGGUUGGUUCACCCUACCGGGCCGAGAUCAACCAGGCCCUGAUGAAGAUGACAGAGGACGGGCAGAUGGACGCCCUUGUGGGGACCUGGACUGCAGAAGACGCGGCUGAGAUCCAGUCCGGAUGGCAGAAACCCACCGAAACUCACCUCCUCUCGGGACGGCACCUCCGAGUCUAUACUGGUCUGAGUAAACCAUUCUUCAUGAAGAAACCAAGCAAAAGUGGUGAGGCUGGGUCAACUCCGUAUCAAGGCUAUUUUGUAGACAUGCUGGAGAUGCUAGCUUCGCGCCUGAACUUCACCUGGGACAUCACGCUUGGUAGUAGGGUGCGGCCUAGGAUCAUAGCAGCGGCUGAGUCGAAGAAGUAUGACUUGCUUCUAGUUGGCAUGGCCAUGCGCACUGGAUAUGCAGGCUGGGAAAAAGUCGAGUACUCCAUCCCAAUACGGACACGUGGUUACUUCCUGACCAUGAAGAAGUCAAAUCGUCAUGAAGGUCAAGGCAUCUUCCAGUUCAUGGGACCAUUUUCUGCGGAGGUGUGGCUCACCUUUGUGGCCGCUGUUGUGGGAGUGAGUCUUGUCAUGGCUGCAAACGGCCGUCUGAACCCGUACGAGUGGUCCAAGGCAGCUGGGCGAGGAGAGGUGUCAGAGAAGGAGGCAGACAACCUCAGCCUCGUCAACAGUCUCUGGUCUACCUUUGGAGCUGCUGUGUGUCAGGGGCAGGAGUUUCUUCCCCGAUCAUCCGCAGGAAGAGUCAUAGUCGGUGCCUGGUGGUUCGUGAUCCUGGUUAUGGUCGCAUCUUACACUGCCAACUUAGCUGCCUUCCUGUCCAGACCAUCAACAGAGCGGAGCAUCAGGAGCCUGGCUGAUCUGGCUCGGCAGACGGACGUGCCGUACGGGACCUACAAGAAAUAUACAUUAGUCAAGUUCAUGAAGAAUUCUCAAGAGGAACCUUUUAAGACCAUCGGUCGAUAUCUCGACCAAAAUUCAGACGAGGUCCUCUUCAACACGUCCCGUCAGGCAUUUGAGCGCGCUGCUAAGGGCGACUUUAUCUUCAUCUCCCCAACCACCUACGAGUACGAGAUCCUCAACGAGAGGUGUGACAUGGUCAUCCUCACCGACGAGUACUUCUUCAAGUAUGAGGUCGUAUUUCCGUUUCCGGUUGGUUCACCCUACCGGGCCGAGAUCAACCAGGCCCUGAUGAAGAUGACAGAGGACGGGCAGAUGGACGCCCUUACGAACAGAUGGUUUAACAAGAAGAUGUACAAAUGUUCCACUGGCUCCACUCAAGAGGGCGUGCUGGAUAUGGAGCAAUUGAAUGGGGCUUUCUACUAUCUCAUGAUUGGGAUGGGGACCUCCAUCUUAGUCUUCGCACUGGAAUGGGUGCAUUUUAAGUUCAAGAAGGGGCGUUCAAGCGACCCUGCCAAUAGAGGUGACCGCGUGUAGUUAAAGCGAGUUUGGCCAGGUGUAAGAAGUAAAAGCGUGGUCAGUUCAAGGAGUUUGUCAAUUAACCUGCAAUCACGCUUGCUUUUAUUGCUUGAAAUAUGCCACCGAAAAAUCAUAUAUCAGAUGACAAUUGGAAAUGUGUUGUCUGCAUGAAUAACCGACUUUUAUUGUAACUUGUGCCUCUGUGGGCCAAGUACAGGUCGUCAACAACUAUUGAGUCAAGACAUAAACGUAAUAUACUAGUAUACUAAUAAUGUGCAUAUAUACUACUACUACGUAUACACUCAGGUUUGCCUUUUCGCUUUUUAUGAUCAGUACAAUACAAACAUACAAAUUUUGUUACAGAUGGUUUAAACGAUUGUAUUAAUGUGGAUACAUAUUUGUGUAUAAUAGGCGGAAUAACUAUAGCAUAAUUUGCAGUCUACGACAAAACGAAAAUCCUCUUGUAUCCUGUUUUGGCUGCCCUGUCGGCAGAUUCGUCAGUUUAGAUAAUUAUGCUUACGUCAUGAUUUCAAAAUUGUGUAGUUUUGUUCUAAUAUUAUUGUGUUAUGCAUUAUCAACAUUCAUGUACACGUUCUCACUGUAUAGAAGCAGCAAACAUGUGAAAAGAUUGCUGUCAUUUAAAACAUGCUGCAUGUGAAACUGCAACCAGAUAUGUUAACCGUAUUCAGACGCUUGAACACAAUCGGGUGUUUUCGAGCUGUUGUUUGUAUUGCAGAAGUACGAAUGCACGUAAAGUAACUUUAACGCUUCCUGUUGAAAGUGUAGACCAUGUUGUAUAUUCAGGCUACUAGGCCACUGAACAACGCUGAAUAAACGUCACUAAUUGUGUAGUCGAUGUAAUACUGUAACAACAGGCUCUGUGUAGUGUCAUUCGGAGGUUUUCAUGGGUUGCAAAAGUUUCUCAUUGGUCAGUGUCUCUUUUCAUACCAUAAUGAUAUCAAUGAUACCAACGUGUUCUUAUUUAGACAUGACUAGUCUUGCAUGGAAUGGUUCCAUAGUCAUUGGAAGUUUCAGCCGGGCCAUGGGACAGACUCGAACUGUAC